AAAAAAAAAAAAAAAAAAACGAGUAGAAGCCGAGCACACGAUGGCAUAACUGCUUUGACGCAGACUUUAGAUAUCUGCAUACCAUUUACCUUUGAAUUCCUCGAACGUUCCGUCGUAUAUCUCCCCUUGACCCCGGUCCUAAUCGAGAUUUUGGGAACCCUUGCUGAUGGACCAAACAUUUUGCAUGCGUAAAACAUUGGUCGAAUGGCCUUUCAACCAUGGACUGUGGUCAAUCAAAAGCCGAAGCAAGCGAUGGGAGUCUUCUAGGUGGGCCGACGUCAUACAAGCUGCCGGCGACUCAAACUACAUGCUGAGGACUUUAGUGACUGACUCACGAUUGCUAUACAGCAGAUACUUAUACGCGUUCAAUCUACAGUAAAGCGGUCCAUACUACACGACGUCUCAUCUCCGGAGAACCCUAAAUUUGCAUACAAACAGCGCUACACGGCACCUCAAACAUCAUUACUCAUAACUCACUUCCCUAGACGGAUAGCUAACCAUCCUAAAAUACUUAUAGAGUACCCAUGGGCCCAUAUGCUAAGCACACACUCUACUUUGCUCUAUGAGAUCGCCCAGAAUGUUUAUCCGAACGAGCACUAUCCGAUAUGGCCACGUGAUUGUAGAAUGUCCGGCUGAGUCACCUUUUCCCCGGGAGUACAGUUGACACAAUGCAGAGUGCGGUUUCUCCUCUCUCGAGGGCGUUGGUCCUGUUUUGACUUGACAGCUCGUGUGUCGCGGUCAACCGCCAUGAAUCCUGAGCUUGUAACUGUACAAGCUCGAUUAUUGAACGUCUUACGUACCUGGUGCAAUGCCAAUCUCUCGCAAUAAUGGCGCCGUUUCUCCCGGUGGACCCUGUUCCGACUCCAACCCCGCAAGAUUAGGUAGUUGUCGUUGGCCCCGGCCUAACUCAGAGCAAAUGACUCAAAUCCGUUGGGGUUCCGGAUUUUUCUCCCUCUUUCUUCCCCCAGAUUUUUAGCCCUGCUGUCUAGUCACUAUACUUGCAAAUCGUCCACCGGACACAUAGCCGUAUUGACGCGCGGAAAUAUUCGGCCAAGCCUUGUCUUACCCGCACUCGGCCCGAUGGCGAGCACCCUCGUGGCGCAGUCGAGCGUGCAGGUCACACCUGGCGCAACAAACUAUGAUGAGAUGGGCCCUCAGGAGGACACGGCCGACACAGGGCGGAAGAGGAAAGCCUCUGAGCUGUCUGCCAGUAAAACCAACAAUGCACCGCGGCAAAAGAUCACCAGGGCCUGCGAUAGCUGCAAGGAGAAGAAGACCCGCUGCACUGGCACAUUGCCGUGUGGGCGGUGCACAAGGCUGUCACUGUCCUGCGAAUACAACGCGGCCUACUCGCGAGGCUUACCCCCAGACCCGCUCCCGGCUCCGCCAGCGGUAGCUGCCAGAUAUGCACGGAACCGCUCUGUAUCCCACGCAUCAAUAUCGCAGAGUCCAGUUUCCCGAAGGUCACCACCCGCCAGAGAUUCGCCGAGGGUUGCGAGGACUCCGCAUUCGCAGGUCUCGCACACUGCUGUGGAAGCGCCGAGGCGUAACUCUCCUGACCCAGUGGCCACGGAUUUUGAGGGCAACUACCUGGGUCCUGCGUCAGGUGUGUCAUUUCUGAAUCGCGUUUGGCGCCGUCUGCAUCAGGAUGAGACUAGUCUCGUUCCUGAUGAACUCCAGAAUGAAUCGUGGCCCAAGAACACUUCGGUGUUUAUGUUCGGCGACAAACCAUACUCUGAUCUUUACGAUGCUGGCUUCACUCUACCGUCAUUCGAGAAAGCUCUGGAGUUGGUGAGCAUCUACUUCGAUUACGCAAUGGUCACCUAUCGCUUUCUGCAUCGUGGAAGUGUUGAAGAAUGGCUGAGACAGGUGUAUAACAACAAUAUCUCCUCUUCCAACCUACCCACUGGUCCUCUCGUUGCUAGAACUGCAAUAGUGCUUAUGAUAUUUGCCGUUAGCACUCUGCAUGAAGAACAGACACAGGGGAAUCAGGCUGAAAGCUGGACCGGAAGUGAAAGAUGGUAUGCUGCGUCUAAACACGUGCUCUCAAUGGAAUGUGGACCUCCGCGUCUAGAAACCGUUCAAGCACGACUUGGCCAGUGUCUCUAUCUCCUUUCCUCUUCGCGGGCGAAUGAAUGCUGGUAUACAUUUGGCACCGCCGUCCAACUGGUGACAGCUAUUGGCCUGCAUCGAAAAUGUCCGGCUAAACUGUCCAAAACCGGUACCUCGUAUCUGGAAAGGGAGCUUCGCAAGCGAAUUCUUUGGAGUGCCUACACUCUUGACAAGUACCUAAAUGUUAUCUUUGGGCGGCCGCGACUGUUGCAUGACGGAGAUAUCGAUCAGGAGCUUCCGGAUGAAGUGAAUGACGACGAUAUACUGCAAGAUGAUCCCGCCAUGCGUCUAGGCACAGCAGAUUCCAUGAUGAUCGCAUCCGUCUUGCACUUUAGGCUUGGACGCAUUCUCGGCGAAAUCUCUCGACAGUUUUACACAGUUAAUCCUAUCUGUCGAGAUUCGCCCCUUGAGGCAGCGGUGCGCAUUACCUCAGACCUCGAAAAAUGGAAAGAAACAACACCCCCGUUAUUCAAUAGUGUUCGACCAACAAGCCUUAUACCGCCAUUAUGCAGGCAAAGUCAGGUUCUUCAGCUUGCGUACUGUCACGCCAUGAUCCACGCAACCCGAGCAUUUCUUCUAAAUGAUUUCACGGAUUUGAGUCGCCGGCCAACGGCCCCACACCCAAUGCUAACAGCGCAUGUAAGUAAGUGCCUUGAAGCUGCAGAGCAUGUCAUGAAGUUGGUGGACAGCAUCGCAAAGCAAGGGACCUUGAUUCAGUCAUUCUGGUUUACGCACCACGUGUGCUUUUGUGCUAUCGUUGUGGUCUACAUAUACACAAUCCAACACCAUAGGAUGUCGUCCGCUCCGGAACAGUCCGAGAUUGACAGCGGUCGCGUCCGAUCACUAUUCAGUCUUGCAGAGGUAUGUCAGCAACAUCUGGCCGAAGCCACACGCAAGAACUGUCCGAGUCGUCGCUACGGCAUCAUCUUAGAAGAGACAAGGCUGGAGGUGCACAAGCAACUUGGGUCUCGCGCAUGCUCCGCCCCGAACAGCCCAGAGAAUACCCGAGUCUCCUUUAUUCGGAGUCAAGAGCCGGCACUCGAACAACGACCGGCGGAACAAGUUGAUUUAAACAGUCCAAUUUUUAACCCACAACCUAUGAGCUUCGACGGAGACUUCCGUCCAUCUGGAUUCGUGGAUGAACCCUUUGGUAUGAGCGAUGCCGGGUUCCUGGAAAACCUCGAAAGCUCAAUGUGGUGGACGCAACUGGAUACCUGGGCAUUUUCUAACCUCCCCACCGAUCCGUCUCAAUUUUCCUUUUAAUUGCGAGCAUGAUUUCACCCACCCUUGUAAGUUGUCGGCAUUGCUAGUAGCACUAUACCCAGACAUCUAGUAAGGACCCCGACUGGGCCUCGUCGAGAAUAUCAACAUCGUCGGAUUUUCUUUCUAAGAUUUCUAAACCUAUACGCAAUGCUGUCGUUAUCCGGGCCAUUACCUUACCCGUAGCUCUUAGAGCAGCAUUUCCCGUGGCAGGUUGGGGCGUGGAUGUCGGAUCGUCACCUCGGAUAAAUCUCCGAAUCGAUGAAGCUUUUCCGAGAGCCGCAGCUGCCUCGCUGACUCUCUCUUUACCCAUUGGCGGAUGUCGUGCAUCAUGGACGAGGAUCCUUGACCCCGGAUUGCCCUUCUCUGGAUAUUUAAAUCCGCCUCCUGCGCUUGUCCUAAUGAUACUGAACCACCGAGGAAUAUACACGCAGCGUCAAGAUGCUGUCAACACUGCUCCCCCAGGCACCAACACAUAUCGAUAGGCUCCCAACCGACAAGGUCGAAGUGCCGGAGGUCGAAUUCGAGCCUGUGACGGUCGAUCAGCUUGUUCGGAAUCGUGCUUCGCUAGGCCCGUCGCAGCCUGUGGUAUACUACCCGCGGACCGGAAUAGAAUACUCAGAGUUCCCAUUACACCAACUUGACGUAUUCGCCUAUCGUGUUGCCAACAUAUUGGCCGAGGUUAUUCCACUUCGGACCUCGUCAUCACAGACGCCGAUAGUCGUUGCGCUGCUAGGGCCGUCAGAUCUG